UCACUGGGCUUGCAGGCCAGGCAGGGCAGGAGUAUGGGCGAGAUGCUGCCAACUGCCAUUCUGCUGGUCGUGGCAGUGUCCGUGGUUGCCAAGGAUAACACCACGUGUGAUGGUCCCUGUGGGUUACGGUUCAGGCAGAGCCCACAAGGUGGCAUCCAGAUUGUCGGAGGGCAGACUGUACAGCACGGGGCCUGGCCCUGGAUGGUCAGCCUCCAGAUCUUCACCUACAAUAGCCACAGGUACCACGCGUGUGGAGGCAGCUUGCUGAAUGCACACUGGGUGCUCACUGCUGCUCACUGCUUCGACAGCAAAAACAAAGUGUACGACUGGAGACUGGUGUUUGGAGCAAAGGAAAUUGCGUAUGGGAACAGUAGGCCAGUGAAGGCGCCUGUGCAGGAGAGAUAUGUUGAGAAAAUCGUCAUUCAUGAGAAAUACAACCCUCUGACGGAGGGAAACGACAUUGCUCUCCUGAAGAUCACCCCUCCUGUUUCGUGUGGGCGCUUCAUUGGGCCGGGCUGCCUGCCCCAGUUUAAGGCAGGCCCCCCCAAAGGCCCCCAGAUCUGCUGGGUGGCUGGCUGGGGAUACAUAAAGGAGAAUGCCCCCAGGCCAUCCCCUGUCCUGCAGGAAGCACGUGUGGAUCUCAUCGACCUCGACUUGUGUAACUCGACCCAGUGGUACAAUGGACGCAUCCAGCCAAGCAACGUGUGCGCAGGGUAUCCUGAAGGCAAGAUCGACACCUGCCAGGGGGACAGCGGCGGGCCUCUCAUGUGCAAAGACAGCGAGGAAAGUGCCUAUGUGGUCGUUGGAAUCACAAGUUGGGGGGUAGGCUGUGCCCGUGCCAAGCGCCCUGGAAUCUACACGGCUACCUGGCCCUACCUGAACUGGAUUGCUUCCAAGAUUGGUUCCAGCGCCCUGCACAUGAUUCAGCCGGCCAUCACUCCCCGCCCCAGUUCUCAACCGCCCACGGCCCCACUCCUCUCCUCCCACCCUGCCUCUGCUCGCCCUCCUUGGUAUUUCCAGCAACCUCCUCAGUCACCUCCACCCCGACCACCCACAGCCCAUCCCCGACCCCCAGCUCAGCCUCGGCCCCCAUCCCCACCCCCACCUGCAUCUCCCAGUAAACCUCCCCAAGAACUUUCUUUUGCCAAGCGCCUACAGCAGCUCAUAGAGGCCUUGAAGAGGAAGAGGUAUUCUGACCCAAAGAACUAUUAUGACACAGAGACUACAGAACUCCGAGAACUGACCACGGCCUCCUGAUCUGACUGCGUUCUCAACUGACCCAGUGAACCCUUUACUCCUGAGAAAAAAGAAAGAUGAAAUAAAUAAAUGAACACACAUAUAUAUAUAUACA